AUGACUACAGAUCAUUCAACAUCUGUGGGCUACAAUAAGUCCCCAACGCCAGAGUAUAUUGUCACAUUGGUCGAUACAGAAAUCGCCAAACCUAGUGAAUAUGAACACUUGAACAAAGCUUUUAGCACUAACACCGAUUCAGACCAAGCGCUGGUUGUCAUGCUGAUCGACAAACGCUUGGAUAAUCUAAUAGUGAUGGAUACAGGCAAUUCUGUUUUACUCAAAGACGUGCCCUGUCUACGAAGAGUAUUCAACGAUGAAAAUGAUUGUCUUGAAGCGUUCGAACGGUAUAAAACAAAGCGUAUCUUUUUUGUUACCUCUGCCAAGAUGGGUCAGACUCUUGUUCCAAUAAUUCUUACCAGAUAUCAUCAACAAUUUACCGAUCCAAUGACCCAUGCAUCGUACAGGCACAUCUACAUAUACUGUCCAAAUUUGGCCUCGCAUUUGGAUUGGGAUAUAGAGUUUGUCAAUUAUGUCCACUUGUUCGACUGCCACGCUGACCUCUUGAGACGUCUCACCCAUGAUAUAGCUGAGUAUUUCUUGGGUCAAAGUAGACUAGAUCUAAUCAACAACGAUCCGAAAGAAAUCAUAGAUACCGAAGCAAUUCGAAACACAAACAAGCUGAUCGAAGAAACAGAAGUGAUGAUGGAGAAUGAUCCCGAAUAUAUUGAAAAUGAUAAAGAACACCACGAUCAUGGUGACGGUGGUCAAUUAAGAACUUUUCAGUUGCCGUCAAAUCAGUCCCUUGCGAGCAGUGAUCCAGUUCUCUUCAGCGACAAUGUGGACCUAUCAUCUUUCAUGGAUGAUAUUAUUGUUAUGAUUGAAGUCAACAGUUGUUUCAAUACUAACGAACUCGAAGACAGCGUAGAUAGAUUGGAGUCUGACCAACCGUUCUUAAUCGUUUCACAGAAACCUCCAUGUGUCCACUUGCUUCAACGGCGUGGAUUCAUGAGUUACUUUUGGCUUCAACCGGCAGACAAAUUCGUUGGAUUUCAGUUUCCACUUUCUGAAGGAGUGAUUGAAAUCGAUACAACCGAGGAUCUCAUUAAAGAACUGUACCAUGAAUUGGCUCAGUAUUAUCGAAAAGAGGCACUGCGUGUUCGAAAACAAGAGGCCGGUGCUGUGAAAGCAAAGGAUUUACUGGCAAAAUCAACGCAAUGUUACAAAAUACUAGAGAAAGGUUCAGCAAAAGCAUUAGAACAGUAUAAGGCUCUCUUGAUGCAAUCAAAUACGAAUAUCAAUAAGGCAAUGGGCACCUCAUCCGAACUCUCUUAA